CCCACGAUCGAAUUCCAAUUUCAUUCAACCUCGACGACAUCAACGCCAAUUUAAGAAAUCCCUAAACCUUUCUUCUUCUCACCAACCAACAAGUCGCAAAAAUGGAAAACGACAAGGGAGAACUCGUUGAUCUUUACGUUCCACGUAAGUGCAGCGCCACCAACCGUAUCAUCAAGGCCAAGGACCACGGAUCCGUCCAAAUCUCCAUCGCAAAGGUCGACGAGAACGGACGCGCUACCGGCGAGAACCAAGUUUACGCUCUUUGCGGUUUCAUCAGAGCUAUGGGAGAGUCCGACGAUUCUUUGAACAGAUUGGCUCAACGUGAUGGUUUGUUGAAGAACGUCUGGAGUGGUCAAUCCCAAAGAUAAAUUCGCACUAUUCGGUUCUUUCGAUUUGGGCAAUUUUUCUGGCUGGGAUACCUGGGAAGGAUGGGGAUUGAAGAAAUAGAGGACGUACAUCAAGUGAAGGAAGAAUGAGCUUUAUGGCUAUCAUAUGCUGAAAUAGCCACUUCACAUCUGUGAUUACGAAUCGACGAUACAUUCCACACCCAACAAAUUAAUUUUCUUUCUUGGUGACGGUGAUAAUGAUAGUGUGUGGACCGAAUACUUCUUUUAACGUUUAGCACCUUUCGCGUUCCAUACCGGCUUUUCGAAACUUCUCGGACCACACUUCAAAGUGAUACACUUGUUCGAGGAGUCAGAUUGCUUUCUUGAUGGUUUUCAUUAACCCAUUUAGCAGGACAAGCCGGAGAAUGAUAUUUAUACUGGCCUUCUGAUGAGCUGUGACGUUAGAGCAUCUCGUUGGAGCACAGAUACGGGUCUGACAUUUUUUGGAAGGGAUAUUAUUUGGAGGCCUCCUUUAUCACGAUUCUUGAUGCAAUAGAAUGACGAGUGUCUUCUGGUUGGGAUCAAGCUAUCUGCAAAAGUUGUCAUAAUUGAUUUGUAGGGAGUUUGAUUCUUGUGGAAGCAUUACUAAUAUUUAUGAUUCCCAUUAUAAGACCAUCUGAGCCCAAUUACUAUUUGAGGUGCUUCCUAGUGACAAUUAAAUCUGUCGGUUCUCCUUGGAUAAUAUCAUAAUUGUCCCUCAUAACUGGAUCUUCUAGUCAUGCCGUGCACAUUUGACCGCAUUAUUCGCCUACCCAGCACACAUAAGCAUUUGAUGUUCAAU